GUUUGCUCCUGAUCAGUGAGAUUAGGAAGGACUUCGGUUAGCGUUUUUUGCUUUGGAUUGUUCUCGAUGUCGCGAAGAAUAUGGUGGUGACUGUUUCGAAAGUGAUCAUAUGUGUGGUUUUCUUUGCACUACUAGGAUGUGUUGUCAAUGGAAGAGAGAGUAAGCCUUCGAAGAAGACUUGGCUGAAAUCUGGAUCAAAAACCCGGUAUCAAAAGAAAGAGUUUCCGUUUGAAGCGCCUGAAGGUUGCGAUCCUCUUCACAUCAGCAUGGUCAUAAGACAUGGAACACGCUAUCCCAGCAAAAAAGACGUGAAAAAAAUCGAAAGAAUGCUUGAUGUGAUCAACAAGGAAAUCGAUCCAAAGUGGUCUAAUGGAGAUCUAUAUCUUCCCUGGAAAAAUCCUUUUUCUCUCGAUCAUGACAAGCUUUUGGCAUCCGCUGGGGAAGAAGAAUUGUAUUAUCUCGCCAAAGAAUUUCUGAAACGUUUUCCAAGUUUACUAUCACACCCAUAUCAUCCGCAGAACUUCGAUUUUAUCAGUACGGGAACUUCUAGGACAGUACAGAGUGCUAUGGCCUUUGCGUUUGGUUUGUUCGAGGGGCGAGGGAGGCUGGGUCCAAGUGGUUUUCAGCCUGUGGCAAUCGCGUCGAGAGAAACUAACAAUGAUCCUAUACUUCGCUUUUUUGAUAUCUGCCCAAAGUACAAUGUAGAAGUUGCAGAUAAUGACACUGCACUUCAUGAGUAUAAAAAGUUUAAACGUGGUAAAGAAGUAGAACGUAUUGGUCAUAAAUUAUCACGGCUCAUGACAACUGCUCCUGAUUAUUCCCAGACAACUUUCACAGCAGAAACCAUCAUUGGAAUGUACACUGCUUGCAUUUUUGAAGUUGCAAUCUUUAACAGGGAAAGUACUUGGUGCCUCCUUUUUGAUGAGGAAGAUUUCUUGACUCUAGAGUACAUAUCAGACUUAAAACAUUAUUGGAAGAGAGGCUAUGGAUACCCAAUAACCUAUCAAAUUGGUUGCCCUUUGUUGGAAAACAUUGUAAGCAACCUUAAAAAUGCAACAGAUCCAUAUUCAGGUGAGAGAAAGUAUGGCAAUUUUAUGUUUGCCCACAGUGAGACUCUGCAACCACUUUAUGCAUUGCUUGGAUUAUUUAAGGAUCAGGAGGAGCUGAGGGCUGGCAACAUGAAUGCACACUCUAGGCGCAAAUACAGAACUAGUGAAAUUGUGCCAUUUGGGGCAAACAUUGCAUUCAUUGCAUAUAGUUGCAAUGCAGAUGACACCAGGGGUAAGGAAUCAGAUAGUUACAAAAUGGAGCAAUUCAAAAUCCAAGUAUUUGUUAAUGAAGAGUUGGUAGCUUUGCCUUGUUGUGGUGAACAGAGAGAGUGCCCCCUAAAAACAUUUUUGCAGUGUUUUGACACUAGACCAAAUGGGUCAUGCAACCUGUCAUCUUUAUGCCGCCUGGAAAGCAAUACUGCUGAAAACCUUCAUAGGGAACUGUGAACAAGGUUAUUAGCAUUUAUAAAACUGCAUAAACUGUGCAGAUUCACAGUAACAUCAUUUUUACUGGAAGUGUCUGUUUACAAUCUGAAUCAUUGUGAACAAAAUAAUGAUGGAAGAAAUUGGUUCCAGAGAAAUUGUCACAGAAAAUUACCUUGAAAAUAUUUUCACCCUCACCACCUGUAAUGAUCUGGACUGUCAUUCAUACAAUACAGCUUCACAAGAAUAAUACCAAUUUGAGGAUGCAAUGACACUAUGGGUGUGAUGUUCAUAUUCAGGCCCAGGUAUUGUUUUCUAAUGGCUUUACUUACUGAACUUGAGGAACAAAGUCAUGAGUUUAACUUCUUGGCUGGUCACUGAUAGUUGUUUUUGAGCUACGAACUUCACUUACACGGCAUACUGUAUUUCGUUGUUUUACAAAAAUACUAGUUUUGAAAAUAUUGUAUUUCUACUGCCUUGCACUCUUACAGGGAAAUUCAACUUGCAACUGUGAAUUGUCAAGUACUGAAUAAACUGUUCACUUCAUUAA